UGGAGGAGGGCCCCUAAGUGACCUCUGCCCUGAGUCGCGGCCUGUGCUAAAAACAGCCACACGCGGGACCCCCGAGACCCACGCUCCACCCUCCGGAAAGGAGCCCACCCUGGGGGAUGGCCCUGGCCAUGGUCCUCGUCCCGACGGCCUGGAGCACCUGCAAAGACACCACCCAGACAGUGCAGUGUUCAGCCUCAAGACAGCUUCCGUGUGAAGACCUGCACCUCGGACCCUGGACCUGGGCCAGGCUGCUUGGGGCCGGAGGGGGUGGGGGAUGUCGGUGCAGCCCGGCCCCUCCUCCUGCCCUCGCUCCUGCGUCCUGCAGCUCCGACAGCGACAGCGACAGCGACAGCCAGACAGCCCUGCCUCCUGCCACCUCGCAGACACCGCAGUACCACACGGCCCUCCUGCUUCAGCAGCUUACACCUGGGGCCCCCCAGGCCACAAACUCACGUCUCCACAGCGGCCUCACCAGCACCGGCCCAAGUCAGACUGAGGGCACUGUGCAGGCCCAGGCUGGGUUUCCUUUAAGCACUUGGCGGGGGAUGGUCUCAGGAUGGGGCAGGGCCCCAGGCCUGUCCGGGUGGGGGGUGAUGAGUGCAGGCCGGAGGGGCUGCCAGCUCCUGUCCUCUCACCCGGGAAGUGGGAUCCCAAUGGCACCUGCCUCCCAGGCUCACGGGAGGCUCACCAAGAAGAUGCCUGUGAGCGCCCAGCCUGGGGCUCGGUGACCCCACGUCAACUAUGAAUAAACACACAGGGUGACAGUCACUGCUAGACAUACCCAGCCCCUCCUCCCUGCAGCAACCU